ACGUCACGUGAGUGACGGGUCUUUCAGCCAAUCAGCUUCUGAGUUUGAUAGUCAACGAUUGCGUUGUUUUCGGGAAAAGGACAUUAGAUGACAGGAAGAGUGUCAGCAGCAAGCGAGAGAACGUCGCCGUUUUAAACAGUCCAACUUAAAAAAAAAAACCCUGUAAAAUCAUCAAACGUUUUAAAAACUGGAUCGGUUUAAGCAAGGUUUGGAACCGAAACGACGACUAAAGAAGACUAAAAGCCUCCCAAAGGCGCAUAAGGCGAUCACGAAUGCACUGAACGGAAGUAACUUGCCAGCUGUCUGGCGAAGGUUGUGAGGAUCUGAAUGCCAACUUUCUGGAUGAUGGAGUUGAGCAGGCAACUCUGUAUGAAGAUGAGGAAAAGUAGAAAGGCCCAACUUACACCUCCUCCUUCCAUUUUGGGCCUGGAAAUUCACUUUUACAUUCCAGACAUACCAAAACUGGAGUAUUGCAAAGGGUGUUACACUGCUGAGGAGCUCUGUGUGUCUGCUGCAAAGAAGUGCUCCAUCACUCCUUUGUGCUUUAACCUGUUCGCCCUGUUCGAUGAGAAAACUGGCACUUGGUAUGCUCCCAGCCACGAGUUCAAGAUCACAGAUGAAACCUCAAUCAAGUUGCACUAUCGCAUGAGAUUUUAUUUCAGAAACUGGCAUGGCAUCAUAGAGGGAGAGUCACCAGUUUGGAGAUACCACCCCAGUAAGAUCAGAGGACAAAAUCAGGAAAAAAUAUUAGAGGGAGCACCACUACUUGACAUGGGCUCUCUGGAUUAUCUGUUUGACCAGGGCCAGCAUGACUUUCAGACUGGCAGAGUGCCAUUAAGAAAGGCUCGGUCUGAUUCAGAGCAACAUGAGAUAGAGAAUGAAUGUUUGGGCAUGGCCGUGCUUGCUAUCACUCACCAUGCCAUGUACAGGAGAGUGCCCCUGCGAACUGUUACCCAUGAAGUCAGUUACAAACAAUACAUCCCAGAGUGCCUGAAUGCCGAAAUUAAGCAGCGCAACAUUCUCACACGGAUCCGUAUCAACAACGUGUUCAAGAAAUUCCUCAGUGAAUUCAAUGGCAACACUGUCAAGAAGAGCAACAUCAGAACCUAUGACCUGAAAAUCAAGUACUUGGCCACACUGGAGGGGUUGACCAGCACCUUUGGUAGUGAGCUCUUUGAGCCAGACACACUCAGUGUAUUGCAAGAGGAGGAGCUCUGCAAUGGCUACUACAAUCAGAGCCAAGAGCAGAGUCAGAACUUGGAGACAAGCAGGAACAUGCAGGUUCUUAUCAAUGGUGUCACUGGCAUUUCCUGGAGGAAGACACCCAAAGAGGAGCCUGUGAUCCCUAAAGAAAAAGGAAAGUCAAAGAAGGAUGGAAAACUGAAGAAUGACAGAAACAAAGAGGAAAAAGAUGACUGGGUUUUGUUCUGUGACUUUCAUGAGAUCACGCAUACUGUAAUCAAAGAAUCCGAAGUCACCAUCAAACGACAGGACAACAAGAAAAUGAUUGUGAAAAUGGACUGUAGGGAGAAGGCUCUGUCGUUUGCUGCCCUCAUUGAUGGGUACUUCAGGCUGACUGUCGAUGCACACCACUACCUGUGCAGGGAGGUGGCCCCGGUCUCAGUGGUGCAGAAUAUUGAGAAUGGUUGUCACGGACCAAUCAGUACGGAUUAUGCCACCAACAAACUGCAUCACGAGGGCAAUCCAGAAGGUGCCUACCUCCUGCGCUGGAGCGCCACCGACUACGAUAACAUCAUCAUCACUGUGGUCUGUGAGCUCAACAGAGCUCUUCUGGGACACCAAUACAAGAACUUUCAGGUUGAGGUGGACCCCAAGGGGUUCCGCCUGCAUGGAACUGAUACGUUGCGCCCUACCCUAAAGGAGCUGCUAGAGCACCUGGAAGGCCAGUGUCUUCGCACCGACAACCUUCAGUUUCAGCUGCGUCGCUGCUGCCCUCCACAGCCAAGAGAAAUUUCUAACCUCCUGGUGGUUACAAAAAGCAGAACGCAGAUUCAGAAAUCCACAUCGCAGUCACUAGUUGGCUUUCAUCGUAUUCUUAAGGAGGACAUUGACCAGGAGGAGCACCUCGGCCGAGGCACAAAAACCAACAUCUACUUGGGCACACUGAGGGUGAGGAGUGAAGAAGAUGAAGAUGCAGGUUACACAUCUUUCCAGGAGGUUAAGGUGGUCCUAAAAGUGCUUGGUUCUGAACACAAGGACAUUUCUUUGGCUUUUUAUGAAACCGCCAGCAAUAUGCACAAAAUAUCUCACAAACACAUUGUGUUGUUCUAUGGGCUGUGCGUCCGGCAGGAGGAGAAUAUCAUGGUAGAAGAGUUUGUCCAACUGGGACCACUGGACAUGUUUAUGAAGAGACAACCAAGUCCGCUCAACACAACUUGGAAGUUCCACGUGGCUGAGCAGCUCGCCUCUGCUCUCAGCUACUUGGAGGACAAAAAGAUGGUCCAUGGUUAUGUGUGUGCUAAGAACGUUUUGCUAACCAGAGGUGGACUAGAUCCAGAUGAAGGAGGACCAUUUAUCAAGCUCAGUGACCCGGGACUACCCAUUACAGUACUUAAUGGGGAGGAGCGAGUUCAUCGUGUCCCGUGGAUAGCCCCAGAGUGUGUGAAGGAUGUGUCAUCCCUCAGCGUGGCAGCUGAUAAAUGGGGAUUUGGUACAACCCUGUGGGAGAUCUGCUUUGAUGGAGAAGUUCCCCUCAAAGAAAAAAAACUGACAGAGAAGGAGAGGUUUUAUGAGAAGGAAUGCCAGCUGGCCACCCCAGACUAUACAGAGCUCGCUAAGCUCAUGACUCAGUGCAUGAACUACAACCCCAAGAAGAGACCUUUCUUCAGGGCCAUCGUCAGGGACCUGGAGAUGAUUGGAAAUAAAAUCCUAGACCUUCAUAUCAAACCCCCCGUUAAAACCGAGGAAGACCCAACUGUGUUUGAAAAAAGAUUCCUAAAGAAGAUCAGAGAACUGGGAGAGGGACACUUUGGGAAAGUGGAGCUGUGCCUUUAUGAUCCUCGUGGAGACAGAACAGGUGAAACGGUGGCGGUAAAGUCUCUGAAACCUGAGAACCGGGAGGAGCAGAGCAACAACCUUUCUCGAGAGAUUGAAAUCCUGAAGGCUCUUUACCACAAGAACAUUGUUAAAUACAAAGGCAUCUGUCAAGAAGAAGGUGGUCAGGCCAUUAAGCUGAUCAUGGAGUAUCUACCCCAGGGCAGCUUGAAGGAGUAUCUACCCAGAAACAAAAGGAACAUUGACCUCAGCGUUCUGCUCAGCUACUGUAGCCAGAUAUGUGAGGGCAUGGACUAUUUGGGAUCUUGUAACUUUAUCCAUCGGGAUCUGGCCGCUCGAAACGUUCUGGUGGAAAAUGAGACGACGGUGAAGAUCGGAGAUUUUGGCCUCACCAAGAGCAUCAAAGACAACGAGGGAUAUUACACCGUUAAGGAUGAAAACGAAAGCCCAGUUUUCUGGUAUGCACCAGAGUGUCUGACCUCCUGUAAGUUUUACCUGGCUUCGGAUGUUUGGUCCUUUGGGGUGACGAUGUAUGAAAUCAUCACCUACUGCGACUCCUCCAAGAGCCCGAUGACGCGCUUCAUGGAAAUUAUGGGUAAAACUCAAGGUAAUAUGACUCUUAUCCAUCUGGUGAGAGUGCUGCAGGAUGGAAAGAGGUUGCCUUGCCCUGACGAUUGUCCUGAGCAUGUGUACGAGCUGAUGAAGAAGUGCUGGGAGCACGCACCCGAUAAGAGAAUCUCCUUCAAACGUCUGAUCGAGGAGCUGUCCGUCCUGCAGAAAGGCCUCAAACAACAGAUCACAUUCUAAACCUCCCGCUGCUGGAGACCCUGAAAGUGAAGCUUUUGUUGCCGUCUGGCACUGGACCAUGAAACUGAUUCCAGAUCAGCAUCUGCUUGUGCAGCUUCACUGCGCAGAGACAAAGCCAUCAUACUUGCAUAAAACCUCCAUGUUUAACCUGUUGUAUUUCAGAAUCUUAUGAUAACUUUAUGAGCAUCGUAUAGCCUUCGACCCUUUGGUAAAUAUGAUCCUGUACUUUAGAUUGUUUGCUUUGAAUGGAAUGCCAAACAUGAGGACUGAUGGGAACGAAGCAGAGAAAAGUACUUCUGAUGCCUUCGUUCAGGGGACAGACGUGAAAAGUUCACUGAAAAAUCCUUUGAUGGAUGGGAUUCAGUGAGACGGGAGCUAUUUUUGGAGGAGAUUUGGUUUCACAGAGUUCUGUUGAAGAGGAAAAAAUAUUUUUUAACAAUCAUUAUUUGUAUGAAUGUGCCUAGAUAUGCAGGAUGUAAUGUGCAAAUGCAGCUACUGAGAAGUGGCAGUAAAUCAGAGCCAGUCAGCAGUUUUACUCUUAUUGAGCCAAAAUGUCAAACAUUAAUAAAUGUGAAGAUUGUGAUCAGGUUAAACAAGCCCUUUGAAAUAAUCACGUAGGACUUUGGGAAAUGUUUGGAUCUAAAACAAAGAAAAAGUUUAACCUGUUAAGGCUGCAUUUGCACUUUUAUUUUUUCAUUUAAGAUGCAUCUAAACAUGUCGGGACACAUGUGGGCACUGAAGCCUCUGAUGGAGCUUCAGGUUCAGGUCAAAGUACUUUUGGAAGAGAAGGAGCCACAACUGCAGGUUUCCUUUGGAAAGAAGUUCCAAGAUACAGAGGUUUACACCGUGUAAUUUGUUUUUACAUUUUUAUUUCUGAAAAACAUAUUUCAUUUAUAUUUUAGCUUUUUCUUCUGUAAACUUGCUAUAUUACGAAAACAUAAAAGUAUAUGUAAAGUGCCACAGCAAAGGAGUAUUUUUGUCAGUUCUUGGAGCAAAACAACCUUCAUCUUCCACCUGCAGCUGACUGAUCCGUUCCUUCUCACUAGAUCCGAGCGCAACGAGAAAACAAACCGCAGACAUCAAAUAUAAGUUUCAAUCCACAGUUUAUUUAGGAAUAUAAAAGACAAUUCCUUCUGCUCUAAAUAAAAG